CCCAUAAAUACCAACCUUUUCUCAUCGCAAUACCCCACGCCUUACCCGAGAGAAAUAGAAAGAAACAAUAGAGAAAAGAGGGGAAUUUCUGUAACCCUAAUUUCAUUGAUAAACCCUAAUUGUUCAGCAUUCCUCUCUAUUCUCCCAUCUUCGCCACAAAUUCUUUCUCACUUUUCUCGGGAAUUUUCAAAUAAAUUCUACAGCCAUGGUUUUCUGGGUUUUUGGUUAUGGUUCACUGGUAUGGAACCCAGGAUUUGAUUACGAUGAAAAGAUUAUUGGUUUCAUUAAAGACUACAGACGUGUCUUUGAUUUAGCAUGUAUUGAUCACAGAGGAACACCUGAAAACCCUGCAAGAACUUGCACUUUGGAGCUGAAAGAAGGGGCAAUUUGCUGGGGAGCUGCGUAUUGUGUUCGAGGAGGCCCUGAAAAGGAAAAACAGGCUAUGCAGUAUUUGGAGCGGCGGGAAUGUGAGUACGAUCAUAAGACCCUUGUAAACUUCUACAAGGAAGGAGAAUCAUUGCACCCUACACUCACCGGAGUUAUUGUAUUCACAUCUACUCCAGACAAGGAAAACAACAAAUACUAUCUGGGUCCUGCUCCGCUGGAGGACAUGGCUAGGCAAAUAGCAACUGCUAAUGGCCCUUGUGGAAACAAUAGGGACUAUCUUUUUCUUCUGGAAAAGGCUAUGCAUAAUAUCGGCCAUGAGGACGACUUAGUGAUAGAGCUUGCUAAUGAAGUGAGGAAAGUUCUUGAAGUUGUGAAUGUAGUGCCAAACGACAAAAUAUUGGUUGGACCAACACAACUUCAACACCCAUCGCACCUACCCAUUUCAACCCUUCAGUUGCACCCAUUGCCAGAACCUAUUGCUUUGGAUAGUUGAGGAGCUGGAGAUUACUAAACACUGAUGGUGAGUUCAGCAUAUAAGCUGAUUCACUGUGGACCCUGCUAACCCAUGAAAUCAAUCAUUUUUUAAAUAAAAUCAUAUAGUUGAAAACUUCUGCAAGUUUUAGCUGCUUGUUUCAGCCAUUCUCUUGAGAUGUUGCUUAGAUUCAGAGAGAGUCACAAUGUUCUGAAUAGGAAUGUGCGCGGAAAUUUUACACCUGCAGUUAAUUGAAUACUACUAGAAUAUCUUCCUAUUUAGCCAAUGUCAAUCCUACUUUAGCUGAAAUGAAUUAUUAUGUUUUGAGCAUCACUUUUGUCUAUUUGGUGUAUGGUUUCUCAA